UCGCCUGUGCCACGCACGCCCCUGCUGCUUUCCUGGUGCUCCAAAGCUGUCUGAGCUCCAGCACCCAGGGGGCUGUGACCUGCUCCCAGCAGCUUUCCAGGCAUCCCAGGGGGACCCAGCGGCCCCUCGGGCACCCCCAUCCCUGACUGGAGAGCGGCAGCGAGCGCUGGUGAUGCCCCGUGCCCUUUGGACCUAAAGAGCAAACAGCAGGUCUCUCGCCCAGGCCAUGGCUUCAGAGGAGGCAGCAAACCCCGGAACACAUCCCGCAACCCCUGCAAUCCCCAAAAAGAGCCUGAAGAAAGCGAAGGAGAAGCCAGAGGCCGGGGCAGAUGCUCAGGAAGGACGGGAUGAGAUGGUGGAGCGGGAGGCCAGGAUCGAGGGGCUGACACGAGCCGGGCGCCGGGCGCUGGUGCUGGGCGAUGGGCAGGAGGCGGUUGGGUGCUUCAGGAAGGCAUUUGUCCUCUCCGGGAGCAUGGUGAGCCCCCAGCUCCGCAGCGCUUGUGCCUUCAACCUGGGGGCUGCCUACGUGGAGACCGGGAAACCCAAAAAGGGCCUCAAGUUCCUCCUCCAGUCCCAAACCUCACUGGGGGGCAGUGGGGAGCCCUCGCAGGACCUUUAUUUCAGCAUCGAGGCGGCUCACAAGGGGCUCCAGGACUUCCCAAAGGCACUGGAGCACUUUGGCAUCGCCGCUGACGGUGACAGCGCGGCACAGGCCGGCAGCAGAGCCAGGACCCGCGUGCGGAUGGGCUGCUGCUACCUGGGGAUGCGGGAGCCGGCGCGAGCGGCGCGGUGCUUCCUCGAUGCUGCGCGGUGCUUCGCAGCGGCUGCCAGCCCCGAGGCCGCGGCCGUGGCUCUGAGCAGGGCCAGCAGCUCCAUGCUGCAGAGCCGGGGCUUCGGGGUGGCCGAGAUCGCCGCGGUCCUUGCCCAGUGCCACUCGCUCUGCGGCAGCAUCUGUGAUGCAGCCCUGCGAGGGAAACUCUACGGCGACAUUGGGCUCAGCUAUUCCCAGCUCCACAUCUUCACCCUGGCUGCUGAGAGCUUCGAGAGGGCUCUGGCGUCUGAACCAGAGCAGCACAGGGCGGCCGCGCUGCUGCAGAACAUGGGUGCUGCCCACAAUGCUCUGUGCAGCUUCGGCACGGCGCUGGGCUGGCACCGGCGAGCGGCGGCGCUGCACGGCACUCUAGGGAACCGGAGGGCGCAGGGACAGUGCUUUGGGAAUCUGGCGUACGCCUGCAGCCAGCUCGGGAACCAUGAGGCUGCUGCAGAGAACUACCUGCACGCCCUGCAAGCCUUCCAGGACUCAGGUGAUGUACAGGGGCAGUGGCAAGCAUGCGAGGGGCUGGGAGCUGCCUACUUCCACCUGGGAGACCCCCACAAAGCCAUCGGGCACUACAAGGAGGCCCUGACGCUGCUUUCCCACCGCCAGGACACCCCCAGAGCUGCCCAUGAGCGGGUCGUGCACAAGCUCACUGAUGCCAUCCAGCACCAGCUCUGCCUCCAGGGUCACCUCUCCUGCAGGCAGGACCCAGGUCAGCUGCAGCUUCAACCCACGCAGCCCCGCGCCAGCAGGACCCAGCUUCGGGGGAGCAGGAUGCACCCCACACACCCCGUUAAUGCCUCGGUGGCCUCGCUGCCCCCCAGCCCCACGGACCAGCGGCCCCGUGGAAGCCGGGAGCCCCGCAGCGGGACCCGGGAGCCCCGCAGCGGGAGCAGGACGCUGUCCCUCCUCUGCAGCCUCUUGUGA